GGUCAAUCGUCGCUUCUCGUAACCGAACUCUACAAUGGCCAAGCUUCUCGUCCUCGCCGUUCUCGCAUGCAUGGCCGCCAUGGCCUGUGCCUCUGCCAUCGGGUACCGUAGCUACGGCUACAAAAGUUACGACCCCGUUGACUACGGCUAUGGAUACAAGAGUUAUGGUGGUCCUCUGGGAAACGGUUACGGAUACAAGUACGGUGACUAUGCCGGCAACAGGGGAUACGCCAGGUACAACACGUACGGAAGCUACGGCGGACAUGGUUACGGGUACGAUAACUACGGUGGAUACUUCGGUGGACUUGGUUAUUACGGAAGAUAUUGAGCAUAAUGGAUCCAUGUGUCGUGAUGGGCACGGGCUUGUGAAGCCAUUACAAGAAACAUCACAAGCAUUACAAUAAAUGAGUAAGAAAACA